AUGCGCCAGACAUUCACCGGUAAUUUUGUCUACUAUAUUCAAUCUGUGCUCCCAGAUGACAUUGUAAAAACAGUACUGGAGAAAAUAGGUUACAUUGCAACAACAGCAACAGAGUUUUCACUUGUCAAAAAGAGAAACAAUGAGGAAACAAAGCAGACUGCAUUUGAAAUAUUCCUGGCAAGAAUUGAGUGUGAAACCAUCCUCGAAAUGACAAAUGAAGAAAAACAUGGCAAUUUGGAGAAGACCCUACAGAAGAGAACACAAAUGCACCGGCACCAUGGAAAUAAGGACAAAGAGGAUCAGACGCCCCAGAGAGAAGAUGCUGAAAAUCUAGAAACUAAAGAAAGCAGUGAGACGUCUUUGUGCCUUGCUACUCAACAGAAGUCUUCAACUAAUAGCGAUACAGCCUUUGAAGCUGGUGGGAAUCUGAAGAUCAAAGAUGACGCGCCUCAGUUAGCAGUUACUCCACCCACUAACAGGCUUCAGAAACACCAAAGGCAAGUCAUUAACACUGCACAUUUCCCGGGCAAACGCUCAGACAGCGAGGACUUCUUGAUCAAAUAUAGUGACAUUGUCAUAAGACAAACACCGAUUUUCAGUGAGAAUCCUUCUCCAAAAGCUUUUGAAAGCAAGCCAAGAGCCAGUCUCAGUGAAGAAUGUGUUUUGGCAGUCACUGCAGAGUCAACUGCAAAUGAGAUCAGGCCUGUGCCACUCUCACCAGGAGCGAGCGGCCCGCCAGCCUUUGCAAUAUUUGCUGACAGCUCUUGUGACAGCAAAACCGCUUUGGAGUACAAAGCUCAAGAAGUCCCCGAAGAAUCAAUUGAAGCAGAAAUUAACGAUGCCAUAAAUUGCAUAGACCCAGACCCUGCGGAUGAACCCACUGAGCUGAAGUCUCUGCCGUACAAGGACAUCGCGGCUGUCCAAAACUGCGGCGUUCCUAGGGAAGAGGAAGUUUGUGAGCUGUCUUUAACCUUCACAAAACUACAAAUCAAGGACGCUCAGGAAGACCUUAUGUUUCCAGUAGAGGAAACUGGCCAACCUGAGUCAUAUGCGAGUACAAGUGACAGGCACGCAAGAGAGUUUAAUCACUCUAAAAUAAAACAUACAUAUCUGACUAAUGCUCAGAUGCAGAACAGAGCAGCUGCACACAUCGAGCCAUCUUCAGAUCUGUGCUGCGCUGCUGGGAACGUGGAGGAUUCCACUGCUGGUUCUGACACCAGGAGACUGUUAAUGGAUACCCCUAGCGCACACACAGCUGCUGAGUGCUUCAGGCACAUCAGGGAGCCCCCUAACCUCACCUACAUCCCACCACAAAGUAUUGAUGUUCGGUCUUCACGCGUGAGAAGGAGCAGCGCACAGGGCAGAAGGAACCUCUUGCAGCCUGAACGUGACUCUCCCGAAUCCAGUGAAGUAAAGCUGGACAACUAUAAUUCCAAAGUAAACGAAAUCCAGGAGCCUUAUGUCAUUAUUGACAAAACCGACCAAGGAAUGUUAGGCCAUCACACUUGA